GACAAUAUGUUUGCAGCCGAGUGUAUGUUGUGUUGAGAGCAGCUGUGAUGCUGGUGGUGUGCUUGGCCCUGCUUGAACUGGUCAUGCCAGUAGUGACCAAAUCACAUUGGAUUGCUCAGUACGUCGGAAUGCCACCCCCAAAGAUGCGACCACAAGACAAGUCGGCGAAAGAACAAGAAGCAACAAGCCCGUCUUAUAUCGAGGCGGAAUUCCAGAAGAGGAAGCAACUCUACCAAAGCGGAUGUCUGAAGACACCACGAGGGAAUGUUGCACCGCUCUUAGCACAUCUGCCCAGUAGACUGGCUGUUUGUCUGACACCAAAGGUCGGCUGUACAUUCUGGACACGGAUUAUGAUGUUUCUGAAUGGCAAUUACACCAAUCAGCACGUGAAGUCCCCGUUUGACAUAGAUAGAUACUCUGCCCAUUAUGAUAACAAAGGAGUUAAAUUCAAAUAUUCGUUUAAUGAAAAAAAUAUUAUCGAAAUGGGAUCUGAUUUAACGAAGGUCCUAUUUGUCCGUGACCCUUAUGCCAGACUGUGGUCUGCUUACUUAGACAAGAUAUUCCUCCCUGACUAUUGGAAUUGGCUUAGAAAGCGCCUCAGCAUUGAAUGCCCUAAGAAAAUAACAUUUGAACAAUUUCUUCAAUUUGUUUUAUUAGACAAUGAUGCUCACUGGGAUCCUUUGAGUCAUCUUUGCGACCCUUGCUCCUUUCAACCAGCAUAUAUCGGAAGGCUGGAGACGUUCUCCAGAGAUGCAGCGUAUAUCCUGAAUAACACAGGACUCGGGCAUCUGGUGAUGGACAAGAGCAGCUACACAUCUCAUGUCCAGGAUGAACUUUCACUCUUAAUUCACUACAAUUUCAAACUUUAUGAAAAGGGGAAGAUCACAACGGUGUGCUUGUCACCUACAGAUCUGGCAGAGCGUCUCUGGGUUGUCUUUCAGUAUAAUGGGUAUUUUUCUCUGUCGGAUACAUUUUCGAGAAAUAUUUUAAAACAAAAAUUGCAUGGACAGUCUGUCACCGCAUCAAGGGAUAUAGUUACUGAAUUCUUCGUAUCCUAUUUCAGCAGUCAGCCUCGUUCUGAAAACCUGUCGCGGUGGCAUGAGCAAAGAAACAAUGCAUUGCAAGAUGCGUACAGAAAUAUACCGCAUGCCCUUCUUCAUACAAUUGCUGAUAAAUAUGUAAAUGACUUCAUUCUUUUUGAUUAUGAACAAUAUCCAAGUAAGUAUUUUAAAAACUGAAUUUAAGAUAGGGUUCGGUUUCCCUGUGUUGAUCUUUACGGUGUUCAUACUAGCUUAGGCUACCCAUGGGUAAAACACAGGUCCACAGCAACCGAUGCUUGUCAUGAAGAGCGACUAAAUUGAUAGGAUGGUCAGGCUCGAUGACUUGGUUGCACGUCAAUGUAUCCUGUAGGUGUCGGUCUAGUCCAGGAUCGAUGAUUUCUGUAUGGGGGAGUCAUUGUUAUUUUCCACUCCUAUAAUUGUCCAUGUGGAAUAUAUUUCACUCACCAUGAUUGGCCAUGUGGAAUAUAUUUUACUCACCAUGAUUCUCCAUGUGGAAUAUAUGUCACUCACCAUGAUUGUCUAUGUGGAAUAUAUUUCACUCACCACGAUUGGCAAUGUGGAAUAUAUUUCACUCACCACGAUUGGCCAUGUGGAAUAUAUUUCACUCACCAUGAUUGGCCAUGUGGAAUAUAUUUCACUCACCAUGAUUGUCUAUGUGGAAUAUAUUUCACUCACCACGAUUGGCAAUGUGGAAUAUAUUUCACUCACCAUGAUUAUCCAUGUGGAAUAUAUUUCACUCACCAUGAUUUGUCCAUGUGGAAUAUAUUUCACUCACCAUGAUUGGCCAUGUGGAAUAUAUUUCACUCACCAUAAUAGGCAAUGUGGAAUAUAUAUUUCACUCACCAUGGUUUGUAUCAACUAUUCCAGAUUCAUUUCAUAUUAAUAUUCAGAUAACUUGUCGGGACACUGUGUUUGGCACAGCUGUUUCAUAGUUGUAUUAGUUUAUAUGCCUGUUGAAAUCAUUAAACAAAUACGUGUGAAUUUCAAACAGAUACCACUUACGAAUUUCUAUAGGUAACAUCUCAGAAUAUUUUUAUUUUACUUUUGAAGACCAAA